AUGGAAAGCCACUGUGAUGAGACUAUUUAUCUCCUCGGGCGGAGUGAGGCCGAGACCACACGUCUGAAUAAACAACACCGCUUCCUGGUUGCAAUCUCCGGCGGCGAACUGAUCCAUCCAUCUAUUCCUAUUGAAGGAAUUACCGCUGUUGCCGACGUCGGUACUGGAACUGGAAUCUGGCUCGCAGACCUCGCCAAACGCCUCCCAAAUGCACCAUCAGUCUACAUGCACGGAUUCGACGUCUCAGACGCCCAAUUCCCACCCGAUAACACAAUAAUUGGACCCCAAGGUCGAAAGAUCCCAUUAAAUGUUCAAGACGGCUUGAAGCCAUACCCGGCAGAACACCUCGCUCGCUACGAUAUAGUCCACAUCCGACUAUUGACAGCAGGUCUACCGCAAGAUGGUUACGCCACCGUAUUGAAGAACGCCCGAGACCUGCUAAGUAACCCACCCCAUCUCAAUCCCGAAAAUGCCAUGGUUUAUCAAGACAAAAUACUAACGAAUAUAGAACCAACCGGUUGGAUCCAAUGGGAAGAGGUCGACCAUACCACGUUCUGCACAAACAAACUCCCCGAACACCCCGCAAUAACGAAACUACGCAAUGCCACCAUUGAUGCAAUGCUGAAACUAGGUCUGUGGCCAUUCGCGCCACAGCGCGUCUUCGAUGAGAUCUCGAAAGCGCGGUUUCAGAAUGUUCGGCGCGAAACGUACACUACUGUUGGGAAGGAGCAUUUGCAUGAGAUAGCGCCGAAGUGGGUUGCUAAUGUUAUGCGGGCGUUGGUCCCGCCUUCGAUGGUUGUCAAUGGACAGGCGAGGAAUGAGGAGGAGGGAAAGGCCAAGGUUGAGGUUUUGAUUCGACAGUUUGAGGAGCAUUGUGAGGAGGCGUUGCCGUUGGUCAAUUUUGGAGUCACAGUUGCGCAGAGGUGCGACUGA